GAAUCGUUAAAUUGUUUAAAAAAUCGUCUUACUUUUUUCACACGCCUUUACAAACCCAAAAUUUCCCGCUACGCGUCAGAUCGCGAACUUCCCCGCACAUUCUGCAAACUGCGAUCAGUAUAUAAUGAAGUCUUAUCUGCAGAAAUAUAAAAUAGCGCUCGCUCGGGGGGUUAUGUUUUGAAGUACUGCAACACUUGCGUAAAAGCUUGACUACGUGUUACUUGUCAAAUGAUCAAUGGGAUAUAAAUAAUCGGGUUUUAUCAGUGAAUGGUCAUGGCACGGGAUUUUUCAACAGUUUCUUGUGAUCGAACGGUUUGAGUCUCUGUAAAAAAAAAGUCGUGAAAAUGAUUACGGCCUACUAUUUCACCGAGUUUCUCGACAUCGGACAGUUGCUUUUGUCGGUGCUGUUGACUCUGUUCGUUUUCAUACCGUCGCUUGUGGCGAUAUACUUGAAAAUCAAAUUCAUAUUCAGAAGACGAAAGGGAACUAAAAAUGAGAUAUCGGUCGGCAUAUUUCAUCCGUACUGCAAUGCUGGUGGCGGCGGUGAAAGAGUUCUGUGGGCUGGUGUAAAAGCUCUGCAGUCCAAGUACGAAAAUGUAAAGAUAUACAUCUACACGGGGGAUCUUGAUGCCGACCACGGAAAAAUCAUUGGCAACGCCGAGAAGAUUUUCAACAUCAAAGUAGAAAAUGUCAAUUUUGUGUACUUAUUCCAAAGAAAGUGGGUCGAAAGUGAUAUGUACCCUUACUUUACUCUACUGGGUCAGAGCUUGGGAUCUGUGUGGCUGGGUUAUGAAGCUUUAUGUAAAUUUCAACCAGAUAUUUAUAUUGACACCAUGGGUUAUGCCUUCACUUAUCCUUUGUUCAGGUACAUCGGAGGUUGCAAAGUAGCUAGUUAUACACAUUAUCCAACAAUAUCAACGGAUAUGUUGAAACAUGUAUAUCGUAGAAAAACUAGACAUAACAAUCGCAGAGUGAUAGCAAGAAAUCCAUUUUUGACAGCUGGCAAAAUAUUGUAUUAUAAAAUAUUUGCCUUUAUGUACGGUAUUGUUGGUAGAACAGCUGACAUCAUAAUGGUCAAUUCCACUUGGACUGAAGAUCAUAUUAACUCACUUUGGAAAUGUCCACUACGUACCUUUAAAAUUUAUCCUCCUUGUAAUAUUGAGGAAUUAGUCAGUUUACCACUAUUAACUGAAGAGGAAAAAAAUAAUAUGAUUCGUAUAAUUUCAGUUGGCCAAUUCAGGCCUGAAAAGAAUCAUCCUCUCUUACUUCGAGCCUUAUUCGAACUUAGAUCCAUGGUAAAAGAAGAAGUUUGGAAAAACAUUCGCUUAGUAUUAAUAGGAUCCACAAGAAAUCAAGAAGAUGAAGUCAGAGUUAAAGAUAUGAUUGACCUAUCAAAACAUUUAGCCUUAGAUGAAAAUGUUGAGUUUCAAUUGAAUGUUCCUCAUGAUGAACUUAUGACAGCUUUUCAGCAGGCAACAAUUGGGUUGCACGCUAUGUGGAAUGAACAUUUUGGUAUAGGUAUAGUGGAAUGCAUGGCUGCUGGUCUGAUAAUGGUAGCCCAUGCUUCUGGUGGUCCAAGAACAGAUAUCAUUACAGAACAGCCUACAUCUUUGAAUGGAUUUUUGGCACAAGAACCAGAAGAGUAUGCUCGAAUCAUGGCUCACAUUAUUCAGAUGAGUGCUAAUGAAAAAGAUACCAUCAGGAAUGCAGCUCGAGCUUCAGUGCAAAGAUUUUCAACAGAAAAUUUUGAGAAAGAGUUUGUGAGAACUUUAGAUCCAUUAUUUAAUCCAUUAUUUAAUCGUAACAUAAAAAAUGAGUGAAAAAUGACUUGAAUGAGUGAAAGAGUGUGAUGCAUAAAGUUUUAUAUAAAUUUUAUCUUAUAAAUUAUAUGUAUAGUUAAAAGUUAUUGAUUCCUGAAACUCAGUCAAACUAGUUUUAGAUAUUCAUUUUUAAUAAAAACUGUUCAUGCUACCAAAUUAUAAAAAAAGUAUACCUCAUUUUUUCAUAAAAAAAAUGUUCAUUUCCCAAGACAUUUAAUAUGGUUUCACUUAAAUAUUUUGAAGACUUCAUCUUUACUUUUAUUUCAAUAUACGUCUUUUAAACACCUAUAAUUUCAAUUUUAAUUUAAUCAAGUUUUCCUCUUGUCUGGCUCGAAAGAUUUCAAAUGAAGCGCCAAUGCCACGUGCACAUUGCGCAUUCGAACCUCAAACCUAGCUAGUGUAUUUCUGGAUUGUUUCAGUGACGUCCGCAUACAAUAACUAAACAUUUUCCUCGUGCAUAUAGCGUUGGUUAUAGACUAUAUAUAGGGCCCAGUGGCGCUUUUUCGCCUGGUAUUAAGGUGAGCUCCAAUCAAAGAUAAACCUGUGGAUACAUCUUACAGUAACUUAUCAGAGCAUUCAAGUGAUUUUGAGACAGACGACGAUUCAGAUAUGG